AAGAGUCAGUCAAGAGGACCAAGUUACUAACACUUAUUCUGCUAAUGAAAAGAGUUUCAGUGAAGAUGUGGAGGUUCACGUGUACGACUUUAGUCCUGCUCAUAUGUGUGAAAGGCUCACAGUCUCAGUCGAAUGUUUGUGGCCGCGCCCCUUUAAACACCCGUAUUGUGGGUGGUGUAGAUGCCACUGAUGGGUCGUGGCCGUGGCAGGUCAGUCUGCACAGCUCCACUUACGGAGGUCAUUUUUGUGGAGGCUCACUCAUCAACAAUGAAUGGGUGUUGACAGCAGCUCACUGUUUAUCUGGUGUCACCACAUCCAGUAUACAUGUGUACUUGGGAAGAAAAACACAGCAGGAAGUUAAUGUCCAUGAAGUCUCUAGAACCGUCAGUAGCCUCAUCAUUCACACCGCCUACAGCAGCAUCACCAAUGACAAUGACAUCGCUCUCCUGCGUCUGUCCUCUCCAGUCACCUUUACUGACUAUAUCAGACCUGUAUGUCUGGCAUCCCAGAAUAGUGUCUUUGCUUCUGGCACCAGCAGCUGGAUCACAGGCUGGGGAGAUAUUUUAAACGGAGUGAGUUUACCAGCUCCUCUAGCUCUUCAAGAAACUGUGGUUCCUGUAGUGCCAAAUAUUCAAUGCAAUUUUCUUCUGGGUGCUGGAUCUGUCACCAACAACAUGAUGUGUGCUGGUUACGUGCAGGGUGGCAAAGAUACCUGUCAGGGGGACUCUGGAGGUCCAAUGGUAAGCCAGUUGUGUUCAAAGUGGGUUCAGUCUGGUAUCACUAGCUGGGGUUAUGGCUGUGCUGAUCCCAACUCACCCGGUGUGUACACGCGCGUGUCACAAUACCAGAGCUGGAUCACUAACAUAAUCAGACAGAAUUUGCCGGGAUUCGUCUUCUUCAAUCCCCCAAGCUAUUGCUCUUCUUCCAGCCUAACCUCAACAUCUUGUUAUGGGAGAUGCAAUGAGAAGUGGAGUUUACUAAAUAGCUGUAACUGCAACAGUGGAUGCCUAAUAAACUGCUGCAAAGAUUUCAGACAGCGAUGCGGAAUUUGAGGUAUGCAGUAACUCUCAGGAUGGUAUCUGGAACUCUCAGGUGCUUGGCCAUACCAGUUCUCCAGAAACAUGCUGUGGAAGUUCGCAGUGUCAAGCAAAACAGCUGCACAUUCUGUUCAAGUUUCACAACAGCACAUUCCUCACUUUGUUAGCAUAGACUGUGUGCUCUUUUUAUGCUUAACAUUUUUGGGAUGGAUGCUAAGUGAUUGUGAGCUUCUGUUCUCAGUCACCUACUUUUUGUUUCAUGUUGCACAACAUGUGAAAAUCUAGCACAUAUCUUAAUGUUCCAAUGAAAUCAAAAAUGACAAUAUGUAAUUUGUUAGUGCACAUUGCUAGCGUUGUGGUGAACAAUUCAUCUGUACAUGUCAGACAUGUAAUCCUGUAAUAUUUAAUCAAUAUCUAAAAAUGUUCUUCUGCCUUGAAAUGGCUACUCCGAUGUCAGUUUGAAGGCUUGGUGAGAACAUCUGUUAAUCCCUUCCCUUGCUGUGAGUUCCAUUUCUGAGUAAAACGUUUACUUUUCAAGUUCAAUUCACAUCUUAUGAAUUGAAAAUUGCCAUACUUUAUAUGUGCUUUGUAUCAGCACAUGUUUUAUAAAGGAUUUUCUCAUUUGUGAGAACAUUUAAACAAUUUUGUUAUAAAUUAACACAAUGUCACUUUGUAUGAAAUGUACAUAUUUGUAGUUUUCAGUUGUACAAAUAAUUGAUUGGUUUCGAAUUAAGAUUUAUCCUAUGAGAUGGCAGUCUGCAUGACUUGUAGAUAAAACACUAUAGAGACUAGGAUGUUUUGCUAGACUCUUAUCUUUCAUUAGUAUAUGCACUAAUGGAAAAUAAACUGUGAAAAUGGGCAAUGUAAUGCAUUCAAAAAAUCCCACAACAUCUAAUUUACUGUGCUUUUCAUCUUUUGAACUGAGAUAUUUGAUCAUACGUCAUUACAAUAUAUCUGUAUAAAUAAUGCCAUUCAAAGCAAUAAAAAAUAAAAUAUAAA